CAUAACUAGCUUAGUCAUGUACCGCCGUUAACCUAUGGUCAUAUAUGUUUUCUCCUAUGGUCAUGCACCUAUGGUCAUGUGUUCGUUUGUCCUAUGGUCAUAGUCCAUGUUUUGCCUUUCUCAUGCCCUUGUGAGCCAGAUGUACUGACAAUGAGUGAUUGUCUGAUAUUAGGUCGACUCCCUUGAUGUUCUGUUAUUUCCGGCUUAGGUCGUUAUAUAAGCCUAUGUUUACUUGUUAUUUGUUAGUUCUUAGCUGAGUAUUAUUAAAGUGGCUAAAACCCGAUAUUCAUUACGCCUUACGGGUAGUGUAAGCGUAUCAUUUGGUGCCGAAAACCUUUUGAUACCGUUACCUUUAGUACGUUCGUUUCGUGGUGGUAGUCUUAUGUCAGUAAAGGGGGAGAUUGACUCCCUGGGCAACUUAUUUUCUGACGACGAAGAUAAACCGGUUGUGGACGACUUGCCGACUGUGGAGACUACGAUGUCGAAGCCGGACGUAUCAGGUGGACGGCAGGCUCCGGCAUUCUCUGUGAAUGCCCGAGAGUUGGCGGACGCGAUGGGAUCGCUAGCCGUGGCGACGGACGUGCGACCGCCGGUGUUCACCGGGAAAGCCGGUGAGAACGUUGCGCAGUGGGUUCGUAGGUUCCGGACGGUUGCGCAGGCGUUGGAGUGGGACGAUGCGAAGCAACUGACGCAAGUCCCUGUGUACUUGACUAGCCACGCGGGUCAGUGGUACAACAAUGUGUCGGAGGACGGGAUGAAGCCCUACACGACGUGGAAGGCCUUCAAGGACGCCCUCCUGGCACGCUUCCUCACGGAAGAUUGGAAGUUGCAGUUGAAGCUGAAGAUUAGUCAACGUAAGUUACAAAAGAACGAAUCCGUUGAAAACUAUUAUAACGACAUGGUUGACCUAUGUUACGAAUACGACACCAAAAUGGACGAUUUGGAUGUCCUGCUGAAGCUGCGGAACGGACUUUACCCGGAGAUCGACAAGAUGCUAGUCACCUCCGCAGCCAAGACGCCUCAGGGAUUCUUCGCGGACCUGCAGAAGGCGGCGCAGUCCUUGCGGCGAGAGGAGCAAGCCAACCAGCGACAGCAGGCGGCGGAUCAGCGUGCCAACAACCAUUUCCGUCGAAGUGGCGGUAAGCCAGAAUUUCAUUCUAAGUUAACCGCUGCUGAUUCCAACCACAGCGACGCAUCGAAACCGGCACGCACCGGAAACGCAUUGACCACACCACGUAAAGAUAAGUCCUGCUGGAACUGCGGAUCAACGGAUCACUUGCUUCGGGAUUGUCCGAAGCGGGCAAAGGAUGCCAAGGGAGCUGCGCCGAGGGCGGGACUCCGGAUGAUGCGCGGAAGCGCAUUGGACCGCACAGGCACGGACGACCAGACACUGGAAGCGGCAGCCACGCUGGCCGCUAUGUCCGGGGCGGAUGCCGGCUGUGCGGCGUAUGGGGCAACGGCGUGUGGGUAUGUGUACCGUAUGAUAGACGGAUACCCGGUUGCGUUGUUAGCAGGUACGUGUCCUGGCUGUAUUGAAUCCACGCCAUUCCGAAGCCGACCUUUGGACACAACUGCGGCGCAUGAGCUGCGCGUGUACCAGGCCGAAAUGGAGGACAAAGGUCAGUCAUCGGAUGAUUCUAGCGAUACCAUCAGCAUUUAUGCCGACUCAGUCUGUGAACCGCGCAAUCGGCGUGGAUCAGCUGACAGCACUGCUACAGUUAACGGAGAUGCACGGCAUGCAAGCACGCAAACGGACGCCGGCAUACAAACGGUCAGUACAGUCAGUGUCGGUGUGCAAGCUAAUAAUUUACUGCUAGUCAAAGCGGAGGAUGCAGAUGAAUUGAUCGAUGUGGAUGUCCAAUUUCAUUGCGGUAAGACGUUGCGUCCGCUUCGGGACGGUGAUUUGUUACCAUACAAGUAUGAGAUUGGCAAGGACUCCUUCGGAUUGUGGGAAAAGAUUCCACGAAAGCGCCCUCUGUACACGAUGAUGCGUACGUCUGGCGAUGGGUGCGAAGGUCGUCACGCUGUGCUCGGAACGCACAUGUGCGUGGAUGUGACCUUGAACGGACAGGCUGCACGUGCCUUGGUGGACACUGGUGCCAACCUCUCCGUUGUGAAUCGAGGCUUCCUGGAGCGGAAGCUGGAUGUCAUGUCGGAUCCACUGAUGAUGCCGGUGGAACUGGGUGAUGGGAGUACGAUCCGUACAACGGGUAAGAUCGUACUCGAUGUUGCGGUAGCAAACCAGAAGCUGCCGGUGGCUUUUUGUGUUUUUGACAAUGUCAGCAACGAGGGAUACGAGUGCGUGCUGGAAUGCAACUUCCUGCGCCAACCCGGCUGGCUGGUGGAUGUGUGCAAUGCGACGCUCUUGUACGUGGGACAGGAUGGUACCACGGUCACGCAUGGAGGAUGUGGUGACACGGUGGUGACGGAUACCUGCGGCCACGCCCGGGAGGCGGUCAUGAUGCCGGCGGCGGCCCUGUGCGCCCGGAUGACCGCGGAUCAGGAAUCCAUGCUGACGACGCCACGAGUGAAUCAGCUUAUGAAGUAUGGCGAUCCGGAUGUACCGGAGGAUGAGCUGGCAAUGUGGGAGUACGAUUGGCCACGCCGUCCCGUUUCGGAUUUUGACAUUGGAAACGCUGAUACAACCGACGGGGUGAGUCGGAUAACUAAGUUGAUUGAGAAGUACGGUGACCUUUUUCAUACUGAGGGCUGUAAAAUGGGUCAGGCUAAGGUAGAGCCGUUCCGUAUUGACCUGAUGCCGGGUACGAAGCCGAAGUUUCGGAAUCAGUACCGGUAUGCACCGCCGGAAGUCGCGGAGAUUAACCGGCAAAUUAGCGCAAUGAUUGACAAGGGGGUGAUUAGACCGUCCCGCAGCGACUGUUCUAGUCCCAUUGUCUUAGCGCGAAAGGAUCAUGGGCGCAGCUGGCGCUUGUGCAAUGACGUCAGGGGUGUUAACAGUAUAACGAUUUUUGAUAAGCACCCUCUGCCGCGUGUGGACGAUUGUUUGCAGGCGUUGUCUGGCAAACGGUAUAUCUCCACGUUGGACUUGGUUUCCGGCUACUGGCAGAUGCCAUUAGCGGAGGAGUCGAAGCCGUUGACAGCCUUCCAGUCGCCAAUGGGGUUCUACGAGUACGAGGAACUGUGCUUUGGGCUCAAGAACGCUCCAUCGUACUUCCAGCGUACCAUGACAACAAUCGUGGGGGACCUCAUCGUGCGGGGCGUCGUUGCGGUCUACUUGGAUGAUGUGAUCAUCGCGACGUCUACAUUGGAGGAGCAUGAAGAAGUAUUGGAGGCGCUGUUUUCUCGAUGUCGGGAGAUCGAGUUAAUGUUCAAACCGAAGAAGUGUCACUUUCUAAAAGCGACAGUCAACGUACUGGGAUUCACGGUAACGCGGGAAGGCGUGGUGGCCGACCCUGAAAAGUGUCGUGGACCGAUAGCUGGAUGCGGAAAGCGGAUUUCGAAUCGCUUGGCGGAACGGAGACAUCGACGUUCGACUGUGGUAGCGGAACCGGUAACUUACGUCAGCGCUCCUGAGGAUCCCGGAUAUGAAGCGAUUAACCCACCGGACAAGGAGGAGGGACGGAUUUUCAUCCCGCUACACCGUACGAAUUACGGGACUUGACGUCUUGAGAGACCUGCGACGUCUGGGAAGGGGGCAAUGUUACAUAACUAGCUUAGUCAUGUACCGCCGUUAACCUAUGGUCAUAUAUGUUUUCUCCUAUGGUCAUGCACCUAUGGUCAUGUGUUCGUUUGUCCUAUGGUCAUAGUCCAUGUUUUGCCUUUCUCAUGCCCUUGUGAGCCAGAUGUACUGACAAUGAGUGAUUGUCUGAUAUUAGGUCGACUCCCUUGAUGUUCUGUUAUUUCAGGCUUAGGUCGUUAUAUAAGCCUAUGUUUACUUGUUAUUUGUUAGUUCUUAGCUGAGUAUUAUUAAAGUGGCUAAAACCCGA